AUUUAUAGUUAAGCACUUGUUAAGGUCCUGGAAUGCAUAACUAUAAUAGGGGUUCAGAAAAGAAAGAAGUGAUGAAGGAUUGCAAUUCUCACUGAAGACUUCCCAGAGGAGAUGACACUUGGGUUGAGUAGGAUUUGAUGUGCUGGUGAGGGAUUCUCAGGCCAGAUGUGUGACAUGGAUGAAGGCACUGUAAUUGAAAGUCUAGAGUUAAAUUUUUUUGUCUGUCAUAUUUUACUCUAGAAUGGGCUUUAGAGAUGAAGCAGCUGGAUAUUUUCAUAAAGCAGUGAAGCUAAACCCUGAUUUCAUUGAUGCGAAGGAGAACUUUUAUCGUGUUGCAAAUUGGUUGGUGGAACGUUGGCACUUUAUCAUGCUUAAUGACAUCAAAAGGAAUACGAUUUAUAAUGCAGCAAUCCAAAAGGCAGUUUGUUUGGGAUCCAAAAGCGUUUUGGAUAUUGGAGCAGGAACUGGAAUACUAAGUAUGUUUGCUAAAAGAGCUGGAGCGCACUCAGUGUAUGCCUGUGAGUUAUCCCAGACGAUGUAUGAACUUGCCUGUGAUGUAGUGGCAGCGAACAAGAUGGAAGCAGGAAUCAAACUCUUACAUAUGAAGUCGCUUGAGAUAGAAGUUCCAAAACACAUUCCCGAAAGGUAUUAUAAUGUGAACUAAUUUUAGUAUUUAUAA